AGACUUCCUUCUUCAACCACAUCCAUGCACUUCACUCACAUUAUUCAACUAUUCCAUUUUUUUUAAUCCAAGAGGCUUUUUCUUUUCUUUUUACACGAUGCUUCCCGCGGCUGCUGUUUUUCAUUUCCCAUGGGAAGUAAACUGUGGAGCAGUGCAGGAAGGAGAGUCAGUGAGAACGUUUGGCAGACUUGUAUCCUAUCAACCUGAGGAGUCCAGGGCUACACUGUCAGCUCAGCAUGCUUCGAAAGAACAUAAUGUGGUCAUCCACACGUUGUUUGUAGAGCCUUUUAAUCCAAUAAUUGGGGCCCAGUACUUAGUCCUGGGGGAGACAGAAAAUGCUGAGGGGGUCGGUGUGAUGGUCCACGCCCGUGUGCUGAACUGUGUUGAUGGUGUGAACAUAGCCCUUCUACAGAAAGCCAUCAACGAACAAAGGAGCUUCUUCAGGGAGAGGGAGUGCAAACAGGGUGAUGCUGCACAGCCUGCAGAUGCAACCUGAUCAGGGUCUUCAUUUACCAAGUGUCCCAGCACACUCAUUGAUUGACAGAGCUACAGCACCGGCACUUAAGUUGCACUAAAAAAAUUGUACGGGAGUGAUGUUUUGUGAGUGAAGACUGUUAAAUAUAUUAGUAAUGACUUUACUUUCAUCAGUUUAUUACUAGAUUAUCUACCUCUGAUUAUAAUAGUUUUCUGCACUUUGUGAAGAGUUGUUAUUUGACAAUUAAAAACACAAAAUGAAUGGACUGAUAUAGAAUUUCAUGUUUGGUCAAAGAAGACUUGAUAGUAGAUGGUUUAGGUCCACAACAGGUUUAGAUCCAGUCAUGUCUCUCCAUUUGAAGACAUCUGAUAAUAGUAGUUUUUCAGUGGUGCCAUUUUAUAUGGUGAAAAUGAAUGACCACAUGCUUACCAUAAAUUUGUGGUCUGAUAUUCAAAAAUAUUUUAAGAAUUGUUACAGUAAUAUGUAAUGUACUGGUAAAACCAAUUAUACAUAUAAAUUCAACUGACAUUAAAAUGGCAACAAUUUAAAAUACAUAUAUUAAUUCGAAUCACUUAUUGAACUGAUCUA